CAAAUCCCGCCAGCUACAUCAAAUGUUUCACAUAUCUAAUGAGCUUGACUGGCUGGUUUCAUACCGCAGCAAAACAUCCUCUAUAAUGGCGGUAUCGAUAGCAACCGAGCGGCAUUGACCGGCGAUUUCGCCAGCAGCCAGCAAAAGAAAACACAUUGCACGGUCUGGCUAGCUCUCUUGCUUUCUCCAUGGCCAGCUGGAAAACGCAAGUGGAACAAUGAAUGUAACGAAUAAACUGCAUGGGUACCUGUCGGAACUAACGUUAGCUAACUAGCUUUAUUUAUUUGGAGUUCGUAGUGGUCGUUGCUACUGUUAGCUUGCUUGCUAACGUUAGCGCAUUCACUUGCGGAAGAUGGAAAGUGUGCGGAUAGUGGCUGGGGAGAGGAACCGAGUGGAGGUGGAUGCCCUGUUAACAUCAGUCGGAAUAUUAGACUCGGAAAUUGGACAAAUAAGAAGUGGCAGCAAGUUUUUAAAGGCCAGUGGUGGUGCACUCUUCCCCGCUGGAAAAAUAACUGCGACGGGGGAAGAUGAUGGCGGGAGCGGGGAGACAAAACUCUUGGGACUUGCUACCACCUCCCUACUUCACAUAGCGAUACGGAACGGGAUUUAUCAAAACCAGGCUGCUAACGCCACCAGUAGUGCUGCCAAUCUCAACAUGACCACCGGUAAAACACCCAACAUCUACAGCCUCGUAUCGGUCAGCAGCACCAGCGUGAACUCGUUGUUGACCAGGAGACGGCGGCACAAGAGGAACCUCUCGGCCGCAGCUUCGACAACCUCAAGCUCACCCACAGUCUCCUCCGUUGGGGGAGUGAGACCCACACUGUCCGCCUCGUCUGUCAACAACACACUGAGCCUGGAUAGAAAGACCUUGCUUCGCCAGAAGCAGGCGAAGCAGCUCCAGCCCAACGACAAGGCGUGGGUCCGAGCUGACCUCCAGCAGGGUUGUAUCCACGUCCAUGACCAACUCACGCCCUCCUACCCUCGGGCGGUACUAUGCACCGUGGACACCACCGCUGGGGAGAUAGCGGCUCGUCUGGGGCAGCUUGGAGGUAAAUGUGGAGGGAUACUAAGAAUGACUCGCAAAACAAGUGCUUAUGUUGACCUGAACGGUAACUGCAAUGGUAGCCAUGGACAUAUUGACUACCUACUUGGUGUGAAUAAAAGUAACAACGUGAAGACCUCCUACCCAGGUUCUGUGAUCUCCUACUCAGGGUCAAAGGAGAACCAACCAGUCUCUCCAAUCAAGCGGCUUCAUAGCAAUAACAACCAUGCUCAAUAUUACCUGGAAACAAAUAUAUUACUUUCUGACUACAAGAUACCAAGCACCUCUUCCUCUGAGGUUUAUCUAAAUGACAGUGAGGGUGCAGACAUGGGCCUGAGUGGGGCCGACAGUUGUGGACUGUACUCAGGCUCAGACAUGGAGAGUAGCACCUUUGAUGAUUUGAGCCCCGGUGGUCCGCGGCCGAGCCAACACCGGGACUCCCUCAGUGAUGCUGCUGUCCUAGGGACAAACUCCUCAGUGCUCAGCCCGAACUUUGAUUCCGCCACAGAGGAAUUGGACCCGUUUGGGAGUUCCUCAGACGAGGUUGAACUUGACCCUUCCCCGACACACUCAGCCAGCAUCCCCACUGUCACUCAGCAACAGACCCUGGAGGGGAAAUCCAUGGACGUCCCCUCAACUGAUGCCUGCAAAACUCCUGAAAACAGGCUAUCAAAGUCAAACCACCUGGAAGACAAAAACACUGCUGAUGAAGGUGGAAAAACAGGUAGCACUGGAGGAGAACCCAGGCUGAUCAAUCCCCCGUCAAGCUGCGGCAGUAGUGGCAGUAACUCACUGGCCCGACCUCUGACUGGCAGAGCAGCUGUUGAGCGUGACCUGGUCAUUUCAGGGGAGCAAAGAGGGGUCCCGGGCCCAGAGAAAGCCUCCCCAGCACCGGCCCUCUUCGCCCAGCUGCACGGUGGAGCUAUGAGGAGGCUGGAGGAUGAUGAGAAGCCUCUGCAGAUGCAGAAUGAGUACCUCUCCAAUCUGGGCUAUGGAGACCCGUGGCGGGUACAGGAGGAGGGUAUGGACCCAGAAAUAGGCUGUCUCAUACGCUUCUACGCAGGUAAGCCGCAGUGUGUGGGUGGAGCAGACCGGGUGCAGCUGACGGGUGUGUUUAAUGUGAGGAAGGGUAAGCUGGCCCUGCCUGUCAACCGGUGGUCACGACGACACGUCACCCUGAGUGGCACCUGUCUCAUCGUCUCUUCCGUCAAAUAUGCUCACACCGGCAAGAUGCACAUCCUGCCCCUCAUCGGUGGAAAGGUGGAGGAGGUGAGGAGACAUAGUCACUGUCUAGCCUUCAGUUCUUCUGGUCCCCAGAGUCAGACCUACUACAUCAGCUAUGACUCCUACACGGAACACCUCCGCUGGCACAGACAGGCUGCCAAGAUAGUGUCUCAGAGGGUGAGUUCUGUGGACCUGUCAUGUUGCAGUCUGGAGGAGCUGCCAUCUCAGCUGUUCUACAGCCAGGACCUGACCCACCUCAACCUCAAACACAACUAUCUGACGGGCCUCACACAUCUCACCAGGUUCUGCAGGUUGAGGAGCCUCAAUCUCUCUAACAACGCUCUGUCUGACUUCCCUCUGGCCGUGUGCGACAUCACCUCCCUGACAGAGCUCAACCUCCAAGGCAACCUUCUGACCUCUCUGCCCUCCGCGCUGGGGACCAUGCACAACCUGCAGACCCUGCUUCUGGACGGUAACUCUCUGAACUCCCUGCCUGCUGAGCUGGGCUCUCUGGAGGCCCUGACCUACCUGGGCCUGUCCUUCAACCUGUUCAGCUGCGUACCUCCAUCCCUGGAGAGGCUCAGGGGGGUCGAGAGGCUCUGUCUGGCUGGGAAUCAGCUCUCCUCCCUGGAUAUGGCCGGCCUGCAGUGGCUCCCCCACCGACACAUAGAUCUCAGGUUGAACAGGCUCCAGAGGGUGGUGGUUGGGGAGGCUGGCCUGCUGAGCCACGUGGCCCAGUUAGAUGUGCGGGAUGCUGGGUUGGAGGAGCUUGACGUCAGGACCCUAUCCAGGCUGGAGCUCCUACGCUGUGACAGAAACACACUCACACUCCUUAGAGUCAGCGGCCUAGCACUCAAGGGCCUGCACACAGCACAAAACGAGCUGAGAGCGCUGGAGGUGUUUCCUGUUCCAGAGAGCCUCACUGUUGUGGACGUGUCCAGGAACCAUCUGGACUGUGUGCCUGACUGGGUGUGUGAGAGCACCCGACUAGAGGUCCUGGACAUCAGCCACAACAACAUCAAAGAGCUACCCAUACGGUUAUUCUGCAGUGCUAGUCUUCGUAAAGUGCUGGUGGGGUGUAACGGUCUGCGUAGACUACCUGAGCGGCUGGAGAAAUCUCAGCUAGAGGUUCUAGAUGUACAACACAACCUGCUAACUGAGCUACCACACAACCUCUUCAUUAAGGCCCAGAGCUUGCGCUACCUGAACGCAUCAGCCAAUAAGCUGGAGUGCCUCCCUCCAGCCAGCCUAUCAGAGGAGAGCUUCAGCAGCCUGCAGGAGCUGUAUCUGACCAAUAACAGCCUGACGGACAAGAGUGUCCCUCUGCUGACUGGUCACGCCCACCUCAGGGUGCUGCACCUGGCCUACAACCAGCUACAGACCUUCCCAGCCAGUAAGAUGGCACGGUUGGAGCAGCUGGAGGAACUGGACCUCAGUGGGAACAGGCUGAGAGCGGUGCCCACCACCAUCUUGAGCUGCAGGCACAUGCACACCCUCUCUGCCCACUCCAACAACAUCACUGUCUUCCCUGAGGUCCUCCAGCUUCAAGACAUGAAGGUAGGACAUACACAACACACCCUCUCUGCCCACUCCAACAACAUCACUGUCUUCCCUGGGGUCCUCCAGCUUCAAGACAUGAAGGUAGGACAUACACAACACACCCUCUCUGCCCACUCCAACAACAUCACUGUCUUCCCAGAGGUCCUCCAGCUUCAAGACAUGAAGGUAGGACAUACACAACACACCCUCUCUGCCCACUCCAACAACAUCACUGUCUUCCCAGAGGUUCUCCAGCUUCAAGACAUGAAGGUAGGACAUACACAACACACCAUCUCUGCCCACUCCAACAACAUCACUGUCUUCCCAGAGGUUCUCCAGCUUCAAGACAUGAAGGUAGGACAUACACAACACACCCUCUCUGCCCACUCCAACAACAUCACUGUCUUCCCAGAGGUUCUCCAGCUUCAAGACAUGAAGGUAGGACAUACACAACACACCCUCUCUGCCCACUCCAACAACAUCACUGUCUUCCCAGAGGUUCUCCAGCUUCAAGACAUGAAGUGUGUGGAUCUGAGCUGUAAUGAGUUGUGUGAGGUAGUCCUCCCAGAGUCUCUGCCUGCUAAACUACAGGAGCUAGACCUGACAGGCAACCCCCGCCUCAACCUGGACCACCGGAGCCUCGAGCUGCUCAAUAACAUUAGGUGUUUCCGUGUGGACCCAUCUCCCUCCUCUUUGUGUGGCAAUGAGGGGCCCGGGGAGCCUGCAGUCUGGAGCCACGGAUACACAGAGGCCUCUGGGGUCAACAACAAGCUGUGUGUAGCAGCCCUGGCGUUGGAUAGUUUCUGUGGAAGCAGGGAGGCUCUGUACGGGGUGUUUGACGGAGACCGGAACGUUGAGGUGCCCUACCUGCUGCAAUGCACCAUGGGAGACGUGCUGGCCGAGGAACUACACAAGAGCAAGAACCAAGAGGACUAUAUGACCAACACCUUCCUCACCAUGCAGAGGAAGUUGGGCACGGCAGGACAGAGGCUGGGAGGGUCCGCGGCCCUCUGCCACAUCCGUCAUGGCCUAGUUGCCCCAAGCGACCGUGGCGGCGGGGGCUGUUUCACGGUGACAGCGGCUAACGUGGGAAGGUGUCAAGCAGUUCUGUGUCGUGAUGGCAAGGCCCUCCCUCUCUCCACCACACACACCGUCAGACAGCAGUCAGAGUACCAAAGAGCACGCCAGCACCAUGCUAUCAUCACUGAGGACAACAAGGUGAACGGAGUGACGGACUCCACCAGGAUCAUGGGCUACUCCUUCCUGUGUCCCGCCGUGACCCCACGACCCCACGUCUCCACUGUAACCCUCACCCCGCAGGAUGAGUUCUUCAUCCUGGCCAGCCGGGGCUUGUGGGAUACCAUGUCCACCUGCGAGGCAGUGGAGGCAGUGCGUAACGUCCCAGACUCCCUAGCAGCAGCCAAGAAGCUGUGUACGCUGGCGCAGGGCUACGGCUGUCCUGACAGUCUGUGUGCUGUGGUGGUGCAGCUGAGUAUCACUGAAGACUGCUGCUGCUGUGAGCCCCCACCCAGCCCCGGCCUGGAAACACAACACACACACACCGCUGGUAACACACACCACCACCCCGGCUACGGCUCAGCAGAUGGAACUCUACCAUUACCGCCUCCGGCGAUGGGGACAGGAAGUGAGGUCAGCAGUGAGGUCAGCACGUCGGAGAUGAGCAGUGAGGUGGGGUCGACGGCGUCGUCGGACGAGCCAGCCAAUCAGACGGAGAAGGGCGUGGGGGCCCUGGGGGGUCGCGGGGGGGUGCUGGGGCGGGGAGCGGGGGUGUAUGGAGGUGGAAGAGCAUCGUUCCAGAGGCAGUACUCCGGGGCUCUGUCUGACAAUGGUCUGGACAGUGAGGAUGAGGAGCCUAUAGCUGGGGUGUUCUCUAAUGGGAGCAGAGUGGAGGUGGAGGCUGACAUACACUGUCUGAGAGCACGGGCCAGCUCUAUACCAAUACCCCACACACACCUUGAGCCUGACCCACACCCUGACCCACACACACACCCUGACCCACACACACACCUUGACCCACACCCCGACCCGCACACACACCCUGACCCGCACACACACCCCAACCCUGACCCGCACACACACCCCAACCCUGACCCGCACACACACCCCAACCCUGACCCGCACACACACCCCAACCCUGACCCGCACACACACCCCAACCCUGACCCGCACACACACCCUGACCCGCACACACACCCUGACCCGCACACACACCCUGACCCGCACACACACCCUGACCCGCACACACACCCCAACCCUGACCCGCACACACACCCUAACACCUCUCACACACACCCUAACACCUCUCACACACACCCUAACACCUCUCACACACACCCUAACACCUCUCACACACACCCUAACACCUCUCACACACACCCUAACACCUCUCACACACACCCUAACACCUCUGUCACACAGCAGCCUGAGCCUUUACCUCCACCCUCCUGCCAAUCAGCCCCCACCCCACCCUCGUCCCCCCCUCAUCCGUUUCCUGACCAUCAGCCCAGCCCUGACCCUAGCCCUGACCCUGUAGGAGAAGAGGAGCUGAGGGCUGUAGAGACAGACACUGUAACACCCAAACACACUGUUCAGGGACAGGAGGUGGGGCCUGGAGAGACUGGAGCAGGGUUGUGUGUGAUUGGUGGAGAGGCGCAGUUAGGUGCGGGCUCAGGCUCUAGCUCAGCCAGUAGGACUCUGGGUGGGACUCUGGGGCGUAAGGGGCGGGGUAACGGCUCGGUGGCGUGUCAGGGGCGGAGCCAGGAUGUGAUAGAGGAGGUGGGCGACGCUCCCGUCCGGAAGCAAGGAGGUUACUUCAACGCUCCGGCCCAGCCGGACCCUGACGACAAGCUCGUCAUUCCUCCCGAGCUGGAGGAGGAGAUCCGGGAGAUCAUGAAACAACAACAGGAGCAGAGUCAGACACACCCCCAGUCACCGCCUGCAGCAGAAUACUACGUCACGCCCUUCUAGCUCACCAGACCGUUCUGGUACAACCCCUUCACAGCACAUUAGACCGCGCCUGUGAAGAAUCCCUGCUACGGCUAUUAUAGAAUGUCUGGAGAGGAGUUCCUGUAUGGGUGUGUCCCAAAUGACACACUGUUCAAUAUCCCAAUGAAUGGGAUCAGAGAUUGAGGAGUUACGGGGGAAACAUGCACAGCCCCUCGCAAAACACACGGACCCUCCUGAAGAUGCCUCAUACCUGCUAAUGGCCAGCAAUAGUUGUUGUUUUAUUCUGUUAUCAUUUUAUAUUCCUAACUAUAUGACCCCAGGAAAUACAAUGCAUUUUUAUAAACACAGGCAUUAUUUACUUGCUUCACAAAGUUCAAGUUAAUAUAAUUAAUACAUUUUUUAUCAUUGUGAUGAAUGUAGGAAUUGAUUAAGCACUUUUUUUAUGCAGAGACUUUUAUUUGAACUAAUUAUAAAGCUGAAUGAUACAGUCUGCUAAACUGACUGAACUAUUAUAAAGCUGAAUGAUACAUUCUGCUAAACUGACUGAACUAUUAUAAAGCUGAAUGAUACAUUCUGCUAGACUGACUGAACUAUUAUAAAGCUGAAUGAUACAUUCUGCUAGACUGACUGAACUAUUAUAAAUCUGAAUGAUACAUUCUGCUAGACUGACUGAACUAUUAUAAAUCUGAAUGAUACAUUCUGCUAGACUGACUGAACUAUUAUUGCUAGAGAGCUGUUUUCUUUCUGCCAGCCAGCAAGGCAGCCUGACUGUGGCUCCCUCCCUAAUGGCACCCUGUUCCCUAUUGCAGAGCCCUGGUCAAAAGUAGUUCACUAUAUAGGGAAUUGGUUGCUAUUUGGGACACAGACUGUGUAUGGUUGCCUGUAGGCCUCUAAAGUAGACUGAUGCUGAGAGACAAACUAAAUCCUAGGAGUUGCAUACUCUUAAGUGUGACCUAAUAAUUGACGUGUACUAAUCUUCUCUAAGAGAAAAUACUUUUUUUAUUUCUGAAGAUUGUUGACACAGACAGAUGUCUGAGGAAAGGAGGGAGGGAGAGAUUGACGGGGGGGCAUAGGUAGAAGUAUAAGGACUAGGGAGAACACUGGAAAGGGGUGGGAAUACUGGUAUUACGCAGCUCAAUGAAUGUGUGGGGCCUAUGUGAUCUAAUGAACUCACUUCAACAAAGGCAUUGUUGUAUCUAAGCUAAUCACACAGGAAAGCUACUUUUUCUAUAAUAAAUCUACAUUUUCAAAUAA